CGGGCAUCAGCUCUUGUUUUUCAUGGUACCCUACCACAUAAGUGUUCUGUAGCUAUUUUUCCGUUUCUCACUUCUUUCUCUUCAUCUUUUUCCACCAUGUCUUCUCUCUUGACUCCUAAUCGGCCCGAACAGCCGGUUAUCUCUUGUUCUAACGAAGGGGUGUCGUCUUCGGACGAUCACAGUUUGCCGCGUGGUAACCCCAGGCAAGUCAAGGACACUAAGACUCCCGACUCCCUCCCCGAACCGAGUUGUUUCGACAUGCUCAAUAUUUUGAGAUCGAGGUUUUAUGUUGAGCGUGAGACCUUGUGGUCCUGUGUGACCAUGGCUACGAAGGAUGAGGCUGGCUGCCUCAACUGGAUUACGCUGCGAGUCGCUGAACAUCAUAAAUAUGUUUCAGUUGCCACUUCUCUUAUUCUCGGCGGUGUUCACCGCCCUUCGCUUAUUCCUAUGGUAAAGCGAACACUUUUUGUAUUUCUCCUUGAAGUACUGUCUGGCGAAGAUUCGUCUUCGUUCCUGAAGCUGCAAAGUGGAAGGGUCCUCGAUCAGAGGGCACAACAGGAAAAGAGGCGCCUUGCAGUGAAACGGAAACGGGCUGCUAAGCGUGAGCGGGUAAGGAAAGAGUCUAAGAACCCGGCUUCUAAGGAGGAGCUUGCAAAACGGGAUUCUAUAGCCACCCGGACGUGCCAAGCAUGUUCGGUCACCUUCCGUGGUCAGAAACAGUUGAAGUAUCACACCUGCAAGAAAGCGGUCGUGGAAACGGUUCCGGAAACGGGUAGCACACCCAGGGCUGCUGAGGUAGCUCUUCCGGUUGAAAGUCCCCCGCGCUCGUCAACACCACACUCUGUGUGCAGUACCCAGGUAACCGCUAGCUCUGGGAAAUCGCUUUCGGGCGACAAACUGUUGGCAUUUCAAGCGUUGGUUGCUCGAAGACCUGAGUUUGGGACGAUGCGUCGUUCUGAGCUCGACGAAGGUCAGAAGGUGUACAACCGUGAGACUUGUUGCUGUGGCUUCAGAUUUUGGGGAGAUGGUCGGCCCAUGCACAUGUCGACCCAAAACCACCUGACCGGUCGGUCGCUCUACAUAGGUGGUGGGGAUGGAGGUGCUGAGUGGGUCAAUGAACCUAGAAGACUUGGCCACUAUGCCAUUAACAGUUUGAUACUGUAGAUAACUGAGAAUUCAUUCACAGAGAUGCUGACCCGCUAGUCAAACACAACGUCAGCUAAGAUAACCUAUUUCGGGGGCAUUCUUGAUUUAAUUCGAGAUGUAAGUCCCUGAACAUCCAACGCCGUGCUGCCAAUAUUGCCCAGGAACUAAUGAGACAGUUGCGCACUACCUGUUAGACUGCCCACGCUUCUAUCCGAAGCAGAAGCAGUACCACAUCUCACUCGGUAUCUCAACACAACAGGACGCCUACGAAAGACAUUUCAAAUCCCUCGUUCAUUCCGCAAGAAACCCAUCUAGGCUCCAGAACGUCCCGUACCUCAUAUACUCGUCAGUCAAUCUCGCGCCUAAAA